AUGGAUCCCACAACGACUGGCGCUUCCAAGCACGAACAUGUUGCUUCAGAGCUUUGCCAGCUUCCUGUUGAUGAAGAAAGCAUUCAACAUGCAGACGAUGCCGUACACAAACACAGCAGAAGUUCCCUUGAGGAUCCCUCAUCUGCACCUAUAGAUAGCGACUCGGAGCAUCUCGAACCUAUUACACGUCGCGGCACGCAAGCAAUGAUAGACGACCAAGAAAGGAACGAGUUGGUACGAAUUGCCACAGCCCUCUCUCGGCGUCGUUCCAGCCUGGCUGUCCAUCCAGUUCCGACUACUCCCCUUGGCGCUAUCGAUGAGGAUGCCCCAGUCUUCAAUCCCAAGCAUCGAGAUUUUGAUCUUGAAAAAUGGCUUCGCCGAUUCGUCGAGCAACUUCGCGAAGAAGGUAUUUCUGAGAAGAGUACCAGUGUCUCCUUUCGAAACCUUGACGUCUUUGGCUCUGGAGAGGCCUUGCAAAUGCAAGACACUGUUGGAUCCAUGGUUGCAGCCCCCUUGAAGCUUGGAGAGUUUUUCAGCUUUAACAAAAAGGAGCACAAGCAGAUUUUGCACAGAUUUGACGGGUUCUUGAAGCAUGGCUCCGGCUGCAGUACUCUGCUGAAGACAAUUUGUGGCCGACUAGAGGGCCUCAAACUUGGGGAACAAACAAAGAUUCACUACAAUGGUAUUCCUCAGAAGCAAAUGAUUAAAGAAUUCAAGGGAGAAACCGUUUACAACCAAGAGGUCGACAAACACUUCCCUCACCUGACUGUCGGCCAAACUCUUGAAUUUGCGGCUUCGGUCCGUACGCCGCAUCAACGUGUUCAGGGCAUGUCUCGAGUAGAAUAUUGCCAAUAUAUUGCCAAGGUCGUUAUGGCCGUUUUUGGUCUCAGCCAUACAUACAAUACCAAGGUUGGAAAUGACUUCGUUCGAGGUGUCUCUGGUGGUGAGAGAAAGCGAGUUAGCAUCGCUGAAAUGGUGGUGGCGGGUUCACCUUUCACUGCGUGGGAUAACAGUACACGCGGUCUGGACUCGGCUACUGCCCUGAAGUUUGUCCAGGCAUUGCGACUGGCUUCCGACCUCGGCGACCAAGCCAACGCCGUUGCCAUAUAUCAAGCAAGCCAGUCCAUCUAUGACCUGUUUGAUAAGGCCACCGUCCUCUACGAAGGUCGUCAGAUCUAUUUUGGACCUGCCAGCCAGGCCAAGCGCUAUUUUGAACAGCAAGGAUGGUUUUGUCCUUCACGUCAGACCACCGGCGACUUUCUCACUUCUGUGACAAACCCUCAAGAGCGAGUUGCUCGUGACGGCUUUGAGAACAAAGUUCCUCGCACACCCGAGGACUUUGAGCGACUAUGGCGCCAAUCUCCAGUAUACCAAGCCCUUCUUGGUGACAUGGAUGCCCAUGACAAGGAAUUCCUGGAUGAGAGACAAGGUGAGAGCAUUGCUCAGUUCAGGGAACAAAAGAACCUGCGACAAUCAAAGCAUGUCCGCCCCAAGUCGCCCUAUAUCAUCAGUGUCUGGAUGCAGAUCGAUCUUUGUACCAAACGAGCUUAUCAACGAAUCUGGAACGACAUAUCCGCAACAGCUACUCAGACCAUAUCAAACAUCAUUAUGGCACUCAUAGUUGGCUCAAUCUUUUUUGGCCAACCAAAUGCUACCAUCAGUUUCUACGGACGCGGCUCCGUUCUUUUCAUGGCUAUUCUUAUGAAUGCUCUGACGUCAAUCUCUGAGAUCACCGGUCUGUAUGACCAGCGGCCAAUUGUGGAAAAGCACGCAUCGUAUGCAUUCUAUCAUCCUGCCGCAGAAGCGGCGGCAGGAAUUGUGGCUGACGUUCCCGUCAAGUUUGUCACUGCAGUUGCCUUCAACAUUGUAUUGUAUUUCUUGGCAAACCUGCGGCGCCAACCCGGCCCGUUCUUUUUGUAUUUCUUAAUCACGUACGUCUCUACCUUCGUCAUGUCUGCUGUAUUCCGAACUAUGGCCGCUGCUACAAAGACAGUUUCACAGGCUAUGACACUGUCUGGUGUCUUGGUUUUGGCAUUGGUCAUUUACACGGGCUUCGCUAUCCCGGUGCCCCUGAUGCAUCCCUGGUUCAGCUGGAUCCGAUGGAUCAACCCGGUUUUCUAUGCAUUUGAAAUCCUUGUGGCCAACGAGUUUCAUCACCGCCAAUUCACUUGUUCCAGCAUUAUACCACCCUACACACCAGACAUUGGUAAUUCUUGGGUAUGUAAUGUUGCCGGUGCAGUACCUGGUCAGUAUACUGUUAGUGGCGACGCCUUCAUUGCCACCAAUUACAAGUAUUAUUACUCACAUGUGUGGCGAAACUUUGGUAUUUUGAUGGGGUUUCUGGUAUUCUUUCUAAUCACUUACUUCGUCACCGUGGAACUGAACUCAGCCACCACCAGUACCGCUGAGGCGCUAGUCUUUCGCCGCGGACACGUCCCAGCUUGCUUUCAGAAAGGUGGCGAGCACGCUGUUCAGAAUGAUGAAGCGCCGACGACUGCUGGUGAGAAGACUACCAGCGGCGAUGCUAAGACUGAGGCGAAGGCCCUUGCGCCGCACACUGAUAUCUUUACCUGGCGCGAUGUGGUAUACGAUAUUGAGAUCAAGGGCGAGCCUCGACGCCUCCUAGACCAUGUUUCUGGUUGGGUUAAGCCAGGGACGCUCACUGCGCUCAUGGGAGUCAGCGGUGCGGGCAAGACUACCCUGCUAGACGCUCUCGCCCAAAGAACAACAAUGGGAGUCAUCACCGGCGACAUGCUGGUCAAUGGCAAGCCGCUUGACCCUAGCUUUCAAAGGAACACUGGCUAUGUGCAGCAGCAAGAUUUGCAUCUUGAGACUGCCACCGUUCGCGAAAGUUUAAGAUUCAGCGCUAUGCUCCGUCAACCCAAGUCAGCUAGCAAGAAGGAGAAGUACGAGUUUGUUGAAGAGGUCAUCAAGAUGCUCAAAAUGGAAGAUUUUGCCAACGCGGUCGUUGGUGUGCCUGGCCAAGGAUUGAACGUCGAGCAGCGCAAGCUUCUCACUAUUGGUGUCGAACUGGCCGCCAGACCCAAGCUGCUUCUUUUCCUUGAUGAGCCAACAUCUGGUCUCGACUCCCAGAGCUCCUGGGCUAUUUGUGCCUUCCUUCGCAAGCUUGCCGAUUCCGGCCAAGCGAUUUUGUGUACUAUUCAUCAGCCUAGUGCUGUGUUGUUCCAGGCAUUUGACCGUUUAUUGUUUCUGGCCAAGGGAGGCAAAACUGUCUACUUUGGCAGCAUUGGCGACAACUCACGUACCCUUCUUGACUACUUUGAGGUCAACGGUGGUCGAAAGUGUGGCGAUGACGAGAAUCCCGCCGAAUACAUGCUCGAGUCAGUGAACAAGGGGCAAAAUGACAAGGUAGAAGAUUGGCACGAAGUAUGGCAGGCUAGUCCUCAGCGAGAGGCUGUCAUUCAGGAAUUGGAAGCUCUUCACCGCGAGAAGCAACAAGAACCUGAAGCCGAGGGCGAGACAGUCAAACACGGCGAGUUUGCUAUGCCUUUGAGAACUCAGCUCCAAGUUGUCACGCAUCGCAUCUUCCAGCAAUACUGGAGAAUGCCGAGCUACGUCUUUGCCAAACUCGCCCUGGGCAUAUUCGCCGGUCUUUUCAUCGGUUUUACUUUCUUUGAUGCUCCUCACACAAUAGGAGGCACACAAAACGUCAUCUUCAAUACCUUUAUGCUCACAACGAUAUUCUCCUCAAUUGUGCAACAGAUUCAACCUCUUUUUGUCACGCAACGAUCGCUGUACGAAGUCCGUGAACGCCCCAGCAAGGCGUACUCGUGGGUUGCAUUCAUUUUUGCCAACAUUGUGGUUGAGAUUCCUUACCAAAUCUUUACGGCUGUCCUUAUCUGGGCUGCGUCAUAUUACCCAGUUGUUGGAAUCCAGAGCUCCGACAGACAAGGCCUGGUCUUGGCAUUUGUCAUUCAGCUGUUUAUCUACGCCAGUGCCUUUGCGCAUAUGACCAUCGUUGCCAUGCCUGAUGCCCACACCGCAGGAAGUAUUGUCAAUGUUCUUUCCAUUAUGAGCAUUAUCUUCAGUGGUGUGUUGCAGACUGCAACAGCCCUACCUGGGUUCUGGAUCUUCAUGUACCGUGUGAGUCCCUUCACAUACUGGAUUGGCGGCAUUGUCGGGACCGAGCUCCACGGCCGCCAAAUCACCUGCUCAGCAAGUGAAACGAACACUUUCAACCCUCCACAGGGCAUGACGUGUGGACAAUAUUUGGAUCCUCUUCUCGAGCAGGCACCCGGUACCCUGCAGAACCCGGACGCUACCUCAAUGUGCCAGUAUUGUGGCGUCAGCAACGCUGACCAGUUGUUGGCUGGCUCAGGCAUUUUCUGGAGCCAACGAUUCCGCAAUUUUGGAAUUAUGUGGGCCUACAUUGCAUUUAAUAUCUUUAUGGCAAUCCUUCUUUACUAUCACUUCCGUGUCAAGAGAUGGCACAAGUGA